GAUGCGACGGGUUCCAUGUUUGCUUGGUACCGCUACGCUGCUCGAUGCUACGUGUAUCUAUCCGACGUUUCGACCGGCAGCCUCACCAGCGGCACGCCUGCCCAAGAAUACUGGAAGCUUGCGUUUCAGCAAAGUAGAUGGUUCACACGAGGCUGGACGCUCCAAGAACUAGUGACCCCGGUAUCAGUCAAGUUCUUUUCGGUUGAAGGCCGGCGACUUGGUAACAAAUACUCGCUGUUGCAAGAGCUCCAUAGCAUCACCGAGAUCAGUGUUGAGGCUCUCCAAGGAUGCCCGCUAGAUUGGCUGAGCGUUGCUGAGCGCUUGUCGUGGGUGGGGCAAUGCCAGACAAAACGCGAAGAAGACGCAGCAUACUCACUACUGGGUAUCUUUGACGUGCACAUGCCGCUCAUAUGUGGAGAAGGUCGGAGGAAGGCGUUUGCUCGGCUCCAGAAAGAGAUC